UUUACAAUUAAGUCUUAAUAAUUGUAGGCGAUUACGGGACACCUUGUAUACGAUGGGAAACAGUCGAUUGACUUAACCUAUAAAGUCUCAAGUAGCUUCACUAUGGUAUAGCGCUUUUGUGCUCGAUACUUUAUAUUCAGUCGAACAUUGAUUUGCAAGAAUUGUGCCAGAUUUCAGUGAGAAUCCCUAUAGUGUUCUACAGAAAAGGAGAGAUAUUUUGAAAGAGAUUUACCACGCGUAUCUGGAGCUUCCGCGGCUUGCUCCGAGCGGCCGAUGCAGGUGACAGUUAUGGUUUGAGUAGCACGUAAAAUGAUACUGAGGAACCUCCCGUUUGCGCAAUGGAUUCUGAUCUUAAUUUUCGCCGUCAUGAUCGUCUAUCUACGGCUGCGGAUAAACGAACUGGAAGAUAGCUACAGAUCGCUACACGAUGUGGUCGUGCAAACGAGACAAAUUGACAUUAAGAAUGAUAUUGCGCAUGCCGAGGCGCGAGAUUAUGAAGAACUGGAGGAUACUGUUGUGAUAUACAACAGGGUGCCGAAGACUGCAUCCACCAGUUUUGUGGGAUUGGUUUAUGAUCUGUGCAAGCAGAACAAAUAUCACGUGCUUCAUAUUAACGUGACCAACAAUAUGCAUACCCUUACUCUCGCCAAUCAGGUUCAAUUUGCAAACAACAUCUCAAAUUGGAAAACUAUGAAACCAGCGUUUUACCAUGGACACAUAGCUUUUCUAAAUUUUGAAAAAUUUGGUAUUAAACGUACACCUUUGUACAUAAAUCUAUUGAGAAAACCUUUAGACAGAUUUGUAUCGUAUUAUUAUUUUUUACGAUAUGGAGAUAAUUUUAGACCUCAUCUUAUAAGAAAGAAACACGGAGAUACAAAGACAUUUGACGAGUGUAUAAAUAUUGGUCAACCUGACUGUGAUCCAAGUAACAUGUGGCUACAAAUUCCAUUUUUGUGUGGUCACGAUCCAGCUUGCUGGGAGAUUGGUAACAGCUGGGCGUUAGAGGAAGCCAAGCGAAAUCUUCAAAGACACUACUUUCUAGUUGGAGUAACGGAGGAAUUAAAUGAUUUCGUCGAGGUAUUGGAAAGCGUACUGCCACGAUUUUUCAAAGGAGCAUACAAUGUUUUUAUACAUAACAACAAGUCGCACUUACGACAAACUACUCAGAAACUCAAUCCAUUACCUGAAACAGUAGACAAGAUUCAGCAAUCGAUUGUGUGGAAAAUGGAAAAUGAAUUGUAUAACUUUGCUUUAGAGCAUUUUCAUGCUGUGAAAAAACGACUUAUAAAUGCUUCCCCUCAAGAUGCAAAUCAGCGCUUUAUGUAUGAAAAGAUACGGCCAAAAUAAAUCUCUACUUUUUUAUACAAA